AUGAAACUCCUCUACCCAACCUCGCUGGAGCUCGACAUUGAUUCCUUUGCCGGAUUUGCGACUACAUACCAUGCCUACGAUGUCAAGAAGCCCAUCCCGGAUGAUCUCGUUGAUGCCGAAAUCCUCAUCACAUGGACCAACACAUCCGACAACCUCAAAGAUGCAGCUUCACGGAUGAAGAAUCUCAAAUGGAUCCAGUCACUCGCAGCGGGACCAAACGAUGUCCUUUCCGCCGGCUUCUCCAAGUCCGUGGUGGUGACCACAGGCUCCAGCUUGCACGACUACACCGUGGCCGAGCACACCCUUGCUCUGCUUCUGAACGCUGCGAGACGUUUUUACGAAAUGCGUGACUGCCAAGUCCAAGGAAAAUGGCCCGCCCAUCUUGGGGGACCACAGCCUGACAGACCAAAGGGCAAAUUCACCUCACUACGUGGCGCAAAUGUGACUAUCUGGGGAUUCGGCAAUAUCGCAAAGACACUCACUCCUCAUCUCAUCAGUUUGGGUGCAAACGUCACGGGUGUUGCGAGAUCAGCGGGAAUCCGCGAUGGAAUUAAGGUCGUUUCCGAUCAAGACCUGGCCGCUCAGCUCCAAAAGACCGACGCUCUUGUCAUGAUCCUUCCAGGAAGCGACAGUACCAAGAAUGUAUUGAACAAGGAGACCUUGGCUUCAUUGCCGAACCAUGCUUGGGUGGUCAAUGUUGGUCGUGGGACAAGCAUCGACGAGGAGGCUCUCGCUGAUGCACUGGAGGCGGGAAAGAUUGGAGGAGCUGCGCUCGAUGUGUUUGUCAAGGAACCUCUGCAGCAAGAAUCAAGACUGUGGAAGACUCCCAACACGAUCAUCAGCCCUCAUGCUGCUGGCGGAAGACCGCAAGGAAGCGAAGGUCUGAUCUCCGAGAAUCUCAGGCGGUUUAUGGCUGGGCAGGAGCUGAAAAAUGUAAUUUGA